AUGGAUGACAUUAAUUUUGAAUUUAAUGAUAAAUUAUCAUUGUAUACGAAAAGCGAUUUUGAGCAAAGACGAUACUUAGCAACGGGUGCUACAUUUAAUCAGCUACAUUUAGAUUUUUUAAUUGGAAAAAGCACUGUUCGAGUGAUAAUUAAAGAGACUCUUGCAGCUUUGUGGGAAAAAUUACAGCCUUUGGAAAUACCAGAACCUACUAAAGAAUUAUGGUUAAAAACAGCAGAAGGAUUUUAUAAAAAUGCAAACUUUCCCAAUUGCCUUGGCGCAGUUGACGGGAAACAUAUUCGAAUAAUAAACCCAGCAAAUAGUGGAUCAAACUAUUACAAUUAUAAGCACUUCUUUUCAAUUGUUUUAAUGGCGUUGGUAGAUUCAAAUUAUUGCUUUCUUUCAAUAGACGUCGGUGCUUUUGGAAGAGAAGGAGAUCCUAAUAUAUUUAAGAAGUCGCCUUUAGGUAAAAAAUUAUAUAAUCGUCAAUUGGACAUACCGAGUGAAAAAAAGUUACCAAAUGAUAAUGGUGGUAAAGAACAACCAUUUGUUAUUGUUGGAGACGAGGCAUUUGGAUUACAUGAAAAUUUGUUAAGACCCUACCCAAGAAAAAAUUUAGAUAUAAGAAAAAGAGUUUUUAAUUUUAGACUCACUCGGGCAAGACGCUAUGUUGAGUGUACUUUUGGAAUUUUAGCAAACAAGUGGAGAAUUUUUCAUACACCGAUUUUAGUCGAGCCAGAUUUUGCUACGUUAAUUGUAAAAACAGCAUGUGUGCUACAUAAUAUUGUUCGUCGUCGGGAUGGAGUAGAAUAUGAUGAUAUGUUUCACUGCACCCUAGAUUCUAUCGACUCAACUCUUCGAGGAUCAACUAAUAAUGCUCGAGAUGUCCGAGAUUACUUCGCUAAUUAUUUCGACAGCCCCGAAGGAAAACUCGAUUGGCAGUACAAUGCAAUAUAA